CGAAGGAGCCAGGCUACCCACAGCUCUCAGACCCCGGCUUCCUGCUCCUGCACCAUGAAAAUCCUGCUUUGUGACCUCCUGCUGCUCAGCCUCAUCUCCAGUGUGUCCGGCAGCUGCCAGAAGGACUGUCUGACCUGCCGAGAGAAGCUCCGCCCGGCUCCCGACAGCUUCAGCCUUGAGGUAUGCAUCCUUGAGUGUGAAGGGAAGGUCUUCAGAAGCCCACUCUGGACUCCAUGCACCAAGGUCAUGGCCAAGGGCUCUUGGCAGCUCAGCCCUGCUGACCCAGAGCACGUGGCAGCUGCCCUUUACCAGCCAAGCACCUCCGAGAUGGAGCUGAAGCGUAUGCCUCGCAUUAGGAGCCUCAUCCCAGCCCAGAAAGAGACAGAGCCCGGCAUGGAUGAGGCUGGAGACAUGGAGCAGAAGCAGCUGCAGAAGAGGUUUGGGGGUUUCACCGGGGCCCGGAAGUCGGCCCGGAAGUUGGCCAACCAGAAGCGGUUCAGUGAGUUUAUGAGGCAGUACCUGGUCCUGAGCAUGCAGUCCAGCCAGCGCCGGCGCACCCUGAAUCAGAAUGGUCAUGUGUAGCCAGAAGGGGAGCCCCUCCCAGCUGCACCGCGUCCCCUUCAACCCAUGAGUGUCCAAGUGAUCCCCAAAACAGCAUGUCUCCAGCCCCAGACCUGCCAGUUGGGAAUCGGGACUCCUUUCCCAAGGCACUGAGGCAGGCUUUGCCUCCUGGUCCCCGUUCCCGCCCCCAGGGCGGAGAACCUCCCCGUCCAACCCCUACUCCCCCGCACCCCCCCAUGGCAUGUUUCAUGACAACCUUGUUGCUACAUCAGAGUGUAUUUUUGUAAUUCCUGCAGCUAACAUAUA